AUGCCAGUGAGGCGCAACACGCCCCUGGAAAAGCGCCGGGUCAAGACUGGGUGUGUCGCGUGUCGCCAGCGACGUCGAAAAUGUGACGAAAAGAAACCACAAUGCACUGGCUGCGAGUCGCGGAAAGUUGCCUGCAAAUACGUCAACGGUUCAGAUCCCCAAUCCGGCACCUACGCAGAAAUCAUUUUUGUGACGAAUGACCCCUCUCCAGAGAAAGCAGCGCCGAGUUCAGAAACUCGAGGCACGGCAUUCGCACGGCACUCUCCGCGCCCGAGCGUUUGUUGGCAACUGCCCGCCUCCUCGUCCUCGCGGACUCUGACGCAUCAUCACCAUACAACCCGCUCCGACUGGGAGUCCUACUUUGACAUUGAGCUUACAGAGGCGUCUCAGAGGGACAUUGCCUUACUGCGCCAGUUCCGCUAUCGCACUGCGCCGUGGCUAGAGGCUGGCGAUCCAGACAGCGCUUUUGGUGUUGCCAUGAUGCAAACGGCGCAGAAAUGUGAACCUGUGCAGACUCUGCUCGUCGAGCUGGCGUCGUCACAUCUUCGAGGGGACUACAACAUCACACGUGCACACACUGCCCGGACUGAGCUGUCUGAUGUCGCCCCGGAGCUGCAACCCCUCGCCGAUGCUCUCAUCAAGCUUGCCGAGACCCUGUGUUCUGGCACUCGUGCUUGGAAACGGUUUGUAUUUCAGCAAGGCACUCAUUGUAGUUUUCAAGAGCCUUUCAAAACUCUCGUGUGUCAGCAGUCUCGUAUCGAUUUGGCAGCAUCGAUAUUGACAUGCGCGCCGCCGAUGACGACUCCAGAUUUAUACUUGCUGCAACACAAUGCUACUUCUAGAGACCACUUGAUAUUGGCCUCACCAUAUAACUGGGCGCUCCAUCAUCUCACGGCAACUCUUCACUUUGUCUUCCGACGAAGUGCUGACGACCUCGAGACAGCGCGAGGUAGCCCCGACAACCCUGCCGCAUUCUCAAUAUCGGGUGCUCCUCCAAACUGGCAGAGUCUCUGGCUACGUAGCCAAGCGUGGUACGAUACGCGGCCCGUGGAGAUCCAAUCACUAGUCGAUGUCGGUAGCAUCGAGGUAAGUCGAAUUGACCCCACGAAUGCGGCUUCAUUCCCGAUACACCUCUACUCUAGCGCCAUUGCUGUGCAGGCAGCCAUUUUCUAUCAUAUUACUGCACUACUCUUAUUGCAAUACAAGCCCCGACUUCUCAACAUCCCUGGCCGACGUCAGCAUUCGACAUCCCCUAUCUGGCAUGCGAGGGCCAUUGCAGGCAUUGUCACGUCAAAUGACUUUCCCGAGCAGUGGGAUCCGAUUGUCAUUAGCUCUAUCCUAUACACUGCAAGAGACAUUACGCAUUUUGCGCAGCAGCAUGCCAUUCUUGCAUGCCUCCAAAACAUUACAUGGCAAACCGGAAUCCCGUUCGACCAUGAAGCCGAGCAGCUUCGCGCUCAGUGGGCGGCUGCAAACCUAGUGGAAAGCCCGCCAUUUCGCUGA